UAUGUAUAAUUAGAAAUGGACUCUCGCACGUGCCUAUCCACCAGCGAGCCGAUCGCCCCCUUCGGUCUUCCUCGGCUCGGGAACGAAGGUUCGAGGAUCUUGAAGAUGGAGUUAUCUACGUUGGUUCUUCUCGUAAUGGCUUGUGGUUUGAGGGUGGGAGCUGAUGGAACCAAUCAUAGGUACAAAGAGGGUGAUCAUGUCCCCCUAUAUGCCAAUAAGGUCGGACCUUUCCACAACCCCAGCGAGACAUAUCGUUACUAUGACUUGCCAUUUUGCUCACCAGGUUAUUCGUUUAUCCUUACUGUUCCAUCGACUUCUGAGCUGCAUGAGUCUGUUAGCAACACUGUUUAUAGGUUUGUUAGUGUGUACAACUCUUUACAAAACUUUGUUGAUUUAGAGCAUGUUACCGAAAAGACGGAUGCCCUUGGGGAAGCUCUAAAUGGUGAUCGUUUGGUCGAUGCACCGUACGAAUUAAUUUUUUUGGAGGAGCAGCGGUCAAAGUCUCUUUGUAAAAAAAACUUGUCAAAAGAAGAUGUUGCAAAGUUCAGACAUGCUGUAUCAAAGGACUAUUACUUUGAAAUGUAUUAUGAUGAUCUGCCUUUUUGGGGUUUCCUGGGCAAGAUCGAGGGGGUCAAGACUGAUUCGGGCAAAGACAAGUACUUUCUCUUUAAACACAUUCACUUCAAUAUCCUUUACAAUGAUGAUCGGGUCAUAGAGAUCAAUGUACAAACGGACCCCAAUAUUAAUGUGGAUAUCUCGGAGGAUAGGAAAUUGGAUGUCGAGUUUUUAUAUUCUGUGACAUGGAAAAAUACUGACAUAUCUUUUGAAGAAAGGAUGACAAAGUACUCAAGGACAUCCUCUAUGCCUCAAUAUUUAGAGAUUCAUUGGUUCUCAAUUGUUAAUUCAUGUGUGACUGUCCUUCUUCUGACUGGGUUUCUUGCUACGAUUCUCAUGCGUGUGCUCAAAAAUGAUUUUGUAAAAUAUUCUCUCAUUGAGGAGUCUCUUGAAGAUCAAGAGGAUUCUGGAUGGAAAUAUAUCCAUGGAGAUGUCUUCCGAUUUCCAAAUAACAAGUCUUUGUUUUCAGUUAUUAUUGGUUCUGGAACUCAGCUCCUAGUGCUGUAAGAGCUCUCACUAACCUCUUCUAAUGCUGAUUUCUGUUAAUAUCAUCUGAUACUUUUGUCUCAUGACUAUUGUUGCUUGAACAUAUUUGUAAAUGUGGUACCUCUUUUGUCAUUUAGUUGUCUUAAGUGGAGAGUUCUUUGAAUCGUGACAUACAUUAAGAUUUUAUUUCAGUUCAUCUUUCAAGAACUUCUAAUGCUAUUUCAUUCAUUUUAAUUGACAUGGUUUUCAAGAGUCUCCAUGGGCUUCAAGUUUUGUCUAUCAUGUGGGUAGUAGAUAACUAGAUAUACCUUAUUUCUUUCCUUUGUUUCCUCCUCCAUAUAGUGUGUAUUCAUCUUUAAUUCAUAUCCCAUAAGCAUUUAAUCGAGUCAACCUAACAGAAGUGUCUCUGGUGAAGAACUAACUUUUCAAUAUUGCAACCACAUGGAGAUUCCUUUGUGUUGAACAACGACCCCUCUUAUUAUUAUUGAUAUUGUCUUCUAAACAGAAAAACCCUAUGGAAAUGAAUGAACGCCUGUCUUAAAUUAAAAUUAGAUUUCUCUCCACUUCUAGGAAAAUCAAGUCCACUAAUUCGGAAGACAUUGUCGCUCUGCUAUCUUUUAAAUUUGCAAUAUUAAAUGGAAAAAUAAUUAAAAGUGCACUGCAGCUGAUCAUAUGUUUGAUGGUGAGUUUUACCCAAUUGAAUGCUUUGUUUCGUCAUCCUAAGUGAAUGACUAAUUAAAUGCCAAUAUAAUACUGAUUUUCGAUGAUUGAUUGGUUGUCAAAGCUGGCAAUGGACAUGAUGAGAGGAUUUCAUAGAUAUGCACCAAAGAGUUAUAAACAUUUGCAUAUUUGGAGAAGCUUACAUUUUUUAAUCUUAUCUGAAGCUGUAUAUCUAAUGCAAUAUUAAAACCUUAUAGACAGAUGAAAUUUCUGAUGAGGAUAUUAGUUACUUGAGUUAGGACACUGUGGCAAUCCAACAAUUGUACAUUGAUCAAUUUCUAUUGGAAUCUUCGAAAAAAUGCAUUAGAUGGAAGAAAACUUGUGCUGCGAAAGACUUGUAAUUGUAAUGGUUAUAGUGCCAUACAAAAUAAACUUUUAUCAGGUAACUUCCGAAAUGUCAACAUUUUCUCCAUUCAUGAAGAUGUGAUUACAUUUGUUUUAGGAUAUAUGUAAUACUUAUUCAUCAUAUUUUCUGAAUGACAGCUGUGUAUGACAGAGAAUUACAAGCUUUUAGAUCUUUCAGUCUUCCUAAUCUAUGUCAUGUCAUCUGAGGGGAUUGAGGGUGUAUAUAUGCUGCAGAAAUCUUGUAUUAGCUGACUGCUGAGUAGCACAGCUCAAAAUAAAGGUUGCCGCUCUAUAUAAUUUUAUUUGUUAUUUGCUAAUGAAAAAAGUUCUAUAAUUUUAUUUCUUGGUCGCACAGCACACCCACAAACUGACGUUCAGACAAUCGUAACUAAUAGAACUUUUGGAAACUUGAUUCGUUGUAUUUGUGGUGACAAACCAAGACAAUGAAAUUUCACCCUCGCACAAACUGAAUUUGCCUAUAACUGCAUAAUUCAUAAUUUUAUUGUAGCAUCACCGUUCUCUAUUGUUUACAAGAAAGUGCUGAAGCAUGUUCUAAAUUUAGUUUGUCUAGAAAAAACUCCUGAUAUGUGUGUAGCAGCUAACAACAUAGUUGAGCAAGUACAAUCAACCCAGGCUAAUGUGAAGAAGUUGAAAGCUACUAUUGCCAGGUACAAGGAAGCAGUUGAUAAGCACAGGAGAGAGAAGGUGUUCGAGGAAAGAAAUAUAGUUAUGGUGUACAUGCGAAAAGAGAGAUUUCCCAUUGGCACUUACAACAAAUUAAAGUCGAAGAAGUAUGGUCCCCAUAAAUUCUUAAAGAUAAUUAAUAACAAUGCUUAUGUGAUUGAUUUACCAGAUGAUUGGGGAAUUUCAAAGACCUUCAAUGUUGUAGACUUAUAUGAAUCUUUUUCAAAUGAGAAUCCAUUGUAUUCAGAUAUAAACUCGAGGACGAGAUUUUUCUCAAUUGGAGGUGAUUAGUACGGAACAAGUAGAAGGAGACUAUUUUCAAAGAGCCUAAGGCUACCCACUUAUCACUUUUUUUAUCCCACAUUGUUAAUUUUUAUGUUUUUUUCAAUUAUCUCACAUUGUUAGUUGGUUAGUUUUCAAGGCCUAGAACUAGUAUAAAUAAUGACCUCAUCUAAGCAUAUGGAAUCAUAAAAAAAGCAAUAUCUUCAAGUAUUGUAAAGUUUGUCUCCACUAUAAGGAGUUGAUUUCCCUCAUCCUCCCUUAUAAAGGUUAGUUUACUAGAAUCAUUUUUGGUAGUAAUUUCUUAAUUUUAUUUCUGUAUUACGUCAAAUAGUUAUAUCGGUUUAUAACAGAUUGGGAGGUGACGAAGGUGUUUAUCAUAAUGUAUAUGUAAUUAUUUGAUGAUUAGUAGUAUUCAAGUGCUUGUGAAGAAGUAUACGAAUAUAUCACAGCAUAUCAAUAGCAAAACUCAAGAAAAGUUGAAUGUUUAUAAAUAAUUUGAAGAUUUUUUAUGGAAUGUGUUCAAUAUUAUGCUUGUUUUGAGUCCUCCAAAAUUUUCUUUCAAAGCAUAGGAAGUUGAACUUUUCUCUGAUUCAUUUACCCAUCCUCGUAUAACAUGUUUUUCACUUGUUUAUUGACUUAUUCUUUGUGUUUUCGUUGCUUUAGAAGUCUUAUAUAAUGGUGUUUGCUUUCUCGUAACAUGCAGAUAUGACUAUUCAGAAUAUGGAGCAUCUACUGGUAAGAUAGGCUAUUUUCUUGAGAUAAAUGGUUUGCGAGGGUGAUCUAAAUUUUUUGUUUAGGGUGGUUGGUUGGGGUUUGGGGUGCCAGUGGGACUCUCAAUCAAAACCAGUCUACUGUUAGACAUUGUUGCAAGUGUUUUUGUUUCUAUGUGAUCUAGAUUUGGGAGAGCCAUCGAGACAUUUAUGCUAAGUUUUGUUAGUAUUUUUAGUAUUUUGUUGUUCAUUGGAUUUCCAAGGACUCAUUUCAAUUUUUGUGAUCUUGUGUUUCGUUUCACUGUCUAACUUUAUAGGUUUGCACAGCCGUUGAAUUAAUCUACCGUGCAUUUCUUUAUGUUCGAAUAUGUACCACUUGUCAAUUUGUGUUAUAGAUUGUCAAUAAUUCCUUAUAUUUAGUGUGAACUGAUACGCCUUAUUUUGAAGUUAAAAUGUGUAUGUCAGAAUGAUCAUUAUAAAUAUUCCCAGUAGAUUCUGUUUUGUUUUAACAGCAGGAUGUCUUUCUUGUAGGGUACCGAAGAUGAUGUAGUGAAUUGGCUUCAUGGACAUGGUUUAUGGAUACUAGCGAAAGAACCGUACGAUCCCUUAUGGAUCAAAUGAGGAGGUCAUUGCAACCUAGAGUUAUAUCCAGACUACAUCCGUCACCUAUGCAAGUUUAUUCAGGAAAUGGAGAACCUCACGACUGCAACCCGGCUCAAGAAGAUCCGGCAAACUCUCAAACUCCCUGCCAAAGCUGCCGCAACCUCCAGCACCACCACCUUCACGACCAACUGUUGCUGCCAAAUUAGAUGCAGGAAACCCGAUUGCUGGAGUUGCCCACGGAGAGGAUGUCUGAUGGUGCGAUGCUCCAAGGGAUCUGCAUACGUGUGCAACUGGUGUUGUGGAGAUUGGCAUUGAUGGUGGCAUCCGCUGUACAGAUUUGCUCAAAUUUCUAAACCUGUCUAUUGUAUCGAAACAUUAACGAAGGCAAUCGGGCUAUCAUCUGUGUGCAAAUUGAGAGAAUAGAUAUCAGUUUUUUUUAACUGAAUCUUCACUGAUGAUCUCUAUGCUGUUGAAAUAUCAAUUUGUUGGUAUUAUAUAGUCAUUGCCAA